AUGUGGAUGUUAGAGGAUCAACAAUUUGUCCCCAAUGAUGAUGGAGACCUCGAAUAUUGCGAAUUCGAGGUUGAUGAUAUCAAGGUUGUACACCACCCAAAGAGCGGGAUCCCAAUGCAAGUUCAUGUGUUCGGUGAUUUCAAGCAUCACCCAGCCCAUCACUCCUUGUGGUCCGCUCCUGAACCUGACGCACAACCUUGGCGUCCCUUCAAGUCUCGUUUAGAGUUUGAUAUCACUGAAAUUGCCCUCGAAGCGGCUCUCAAUAAUGCUCAGACAGACCAUCUCCUUGACAUCUGUCACCGUUGUGCGCAGAAGUCAGAGAAGUUCACUUUCCAGAACCAUAAGGAUAUCCACGCUAACUCAAUACCCUUCACUGAUAAAUCUUGGGAUUUUGAUGUCUACUAUCGUGAUCUUUGGGGAUGGGCCACCAACCUCCUCCAUGAUCCUUAUCUAUUUUCUCACUUUCAUUUUGAUGCUCAACACUUGUUGAAGUUCAAUGGCCAGUCAUUCAAACAAUUUGUAGAUGAGCCCUUUAUGGCUCAAAACUUCUGGGAUGCUCAAUCGCAGCUGCUGCCCAAUGCAAAGCCCCUUGCCUUCAUUUUGUAUGCUGACAAGACAAAAUUAUCCAGUUUUGCCAACUUACCCACUGACAUUCACAACGGUCAGGGGAUGGGUGGUGGUUACAUUGUUGGGUGGCUUCCUGUGGUGAAGGAAGAUAAGCAACACUCUAGCAAGCUGGCAUGGGCCAACUUUAAGGCUACAGUAUGGCACAAGUCCUUCGAAAGGAUCCUCACUUCGCUAGCAACAAAAUCCAAUACGGGACAGUGGCUUGACUGUUUAGACAGAGUUCAGCACUGGUUUUUUCCACUAAUACUAAUCUUAUUGUCCUUAAUGUCCCUCACUCGAGGUGUCAGGGCCCUUUGGCCAUGCCCCAUUUGUCUGGUUCCACACGACAAACUUAGUGAUACGACACACUGCUAUCCACAUUGCACAUCCUGUGACUCGCAGGCUAUCCUAGCAACUGCACGAGCAAAGGACACUGCAGAAGAGAGGGAGGAGGCACUAAAAGAAUACGGACUCCGUGAUAUCCUGAAUGAAUUUUGGACAAUGAAGUCUACCGAUGUGCAUCAUGCGCUGUCGUGGGACAAACUGCACUUUCACUUGUGGGUCGAGCUUCAAAAGUAUAUCAACUGUCUUGGACAAGACAAAACAUCUCAAAAACACCCAAAUCAUGUAAUGAACAUUGUGUUUACAGACAACUCUGUGCACGAAGACAUUUCAAAGAUGAUAGUAUAUGCUACCCAUGACAUUUUAACUGAGCAGGACUGUCCUCUUGGUUAUCUACUCCUUCGUUGUGUCUGUCUUUACCUCGAACUUGAUAUGUACGCCUUGCUCGAAGUUCACAUGACUGAAACUAUCAGCAGCGGCCAUCACACACACCACAUGUUUUCGGCCAUUUUGCAUCAAUACAUCAACAAAACGGCUGACGAGAAUGGAAAAAUUUGGAACUAUCCAAAGUUGCAUAUGGACCUGCAUAUUUUUGAUGAUGUUGAAGCAAAAGGAGCUACACGGAAUUAUAAUAUGAAACCGAACAAGAAGAUGCACAGCUUGUUAAAGGAUUCGUAUUUGCUGCAGACAAACUUUCAUGAUGUAGCAGAACAGAUCCUCCAAAUCAAUCAGUGGCAAGUAGUUGCAGAUCGUAUCUGCCGUCAUUUAUAUGAAUUUGAUGAGCACCAAUGUCAAUUGCAUGAAGAAGACUUGCUAAAAAAAGAAGACUACAUCGUGAAUGUUGUCGACCGCCCUAUCUCAACCGGCGGUUCCUUUCAUGUGAAGCUUGGAUUGAAACAACCUCUGGAGACCUUUGAUGCAAUUGAGAAAGCUCACCAGGACAACCAAGUGUUUGGUAAUUUCUGCAUCAAACUCAAUGAUUUCCUUAAUGUACUGUUACCCUUGUCGGAUAUACCACUACCUGAUGGUAGACAUAUUCAUCUCCAAGGAAAUAAUCAUAUUACAGUGCACCAAUUUCUUCGUGUCAACUAUGAAUCGAUGGUUGACUGGUGGCAACAUACAGACUAUCUACAAUGCAAUCCCCUUUUCUUUGUGCUCUUCAUUUUUGAAUGUCUGAUUGGGGACUGCAUAUAUCCCCUCGCUCUUAUUCACCCCUUUGAUGUUCCCACUGGUCAGCACUCUCGAAAGGACAGGGAUCUAAACCUUUUCAGAGUUCGAGCAAGACGACAGGCAGAGGCACAGUUUUUUUCAGUCAGAUCCAUCAUACAUGGCAUGCUUCUAGUACUGGAUGGGCCUUCUGAUUACCUUGCAGUUGAUACUAUGAUGCAUCUGGAGGCAGUGCACAUUGUGCACAUUUGA